UUUUUUUUUACGCGUAACAAACAAAACAAAAAAUUCCAAAUAUAUAUAUAUAUAUAUAUACGCUUCUUUAUACUUAUGACAGAACCAGAAAGCGUAUUAUUUUCUUCUAGUGACUAUAGCAAUGAGGAACUUGCACGCCUUGUUGAACUUCAAAGAAGACAAACAGAGUUAUUACAACCUGAUAUUGAUAAUGUAGCAUUAGCUACUGAUGACGACGAUGAUGACUUCUCAGUGACAGCAAGAACUCCUAAAGCACCUACUGUACCCGAUAUGCGUUUUGAAAAACAAUUUGAAAAGAGUGUACUGCAUUUACAAGAAAAGGGCGCGUCUCCUUUGAUGAUUGUUUGGUCUGCUGUGAUUAAGGAUCAAAUCAUUGUACCAUUUGUCAGUGGUUUUACAUGGAGUUUAUGUAGUACAGCUUGGAAGUGGUAUAGAACAAGAGGCGUUGUGAAUGCAAGGAGCCCUCGACAGUUUGGGUUCUUUCGAGGUAUUCAACAUGGUGUUACUGAAUGGACAAAAUAUCUAUACAAUGCCUUGAUCAGAAACACACAACUCUUGAUCAAUGCAUCUCAAGAUUAGUGUGUUCUAUUUUUACAAUAAACUGUCUUUCUCUACCAGCUCGACGUUGAGACACAAUCUUUGCCUUCAUUUGGUAGUCUUUUUGCAUGAUUUCCACAACUUGUUCAGGUUUGUUUUCAUUAAUCAAAAGCAGAUAAAAUAUGCCUUUUGGUGACAACAAGUGCUUGACAUA